AUGGAUUUGAACAUCAAGGUAUCCCGAGUGCAUAGCACACCGAAACCUAGACCUAAGAAGAUCAAAUGGCAUAGAUUGAAGGAGCAGGAGAAGAAAGAAGAGUUCAAAGAGAGAGUACUCGGGCAAAUUAGCCAAGAAAUUGAAGAUCUAAACUCCUGGUGGAAUGAAACAGCGGAAUUUGUGAUACGUGCAGGAAAAGAGAUUUUAGGAGAAACUAGUGGAAAGAUCUGGAAAGAUAAAGAAACUUGGUGGUUCAGUGAUGAAAUACAACGGGCAAUAACGGAGAAGAAAGAGGAUAAGAAGAAAUGGGAAAUCUCCCUAGCCGAGAGAGAUAAAGAAGAAUUUAAGACCAAGAAUAAAGAGGCAAAGAGAGCAGUGGCCAUAGCUAAGAGCAGGGCUUACAGUCAGUUGUAUGAAGAUCUAGACAGCAAUGAAAGACAGGGAAAGGUUUUCCAACUGGCGAAGACAAGGAAUAAAAGCACAAAAGAUAUAUUACACAUUAAGCAAAUUAAAGAUGAGAAUGGAAAUAUAAUUAGUACAGAACAACGAAACGUCAAGAGAUGGGAACAGUAUUUCUCUAAAUUACUGAACGAGGAAAAUGAGCGGCUGGUCAGAGGUGACGCUAACCAGGGUGCAGUCUUGAAAAAAUAUCAAGGAUAG